AUGGCCGCCCAGGUGGCUCCGGCCUCCUCCGCCGGGGAGCCCGCGUCUUUCUUCCUCCGCCGUGGGCCUGGUGGCCGCCGUCCUUUCGCCGUGAGAAGGGAAGGAGCGGGCCCGCUGGGCUGCCUGCGGCGCUGCCGGCCGCCGGGAGAAGCUCAGUCUGAAUUUGAGGCGGAACUGAAAUCUGCUGGUGAGAAGCUUAUAGUAGUUGAUUUCUCUGCCACGUGGUGUGGACCAUGCAAAAUGAUCAAGCCCUUUUUCCACAGUUUGUGUGAGAAGUAUGCUGAUGUGGUGUUCAUCGAAAUUGAUGUGGAUGAUGCCCAGGACGUUGCUACACACUGUGAUGUGAAGUGCAUGCCAACGUUCCAGUUCUACAAGAAAGGAAAGAAGGUGCAGGAGUUCUCUGGGGCCAAUAAAGAGAAGCUGGAAGAGACCAUUAAAAGUCUAGCCUAAUCUCCGGCCAUGGAGACAUUGAAGCAUGACUGCUUCGGCUAAAUUAUAGCCUGUAACUUUUCUACUUAAAAAAAUAAAUCUAAACAAGCUAGCUAGGGUAUGUGGUGGAAACUACCCUCUUGAUCUAUGUAAAUGAGUACAAUAAAGUGUAAAUUCUUCACUUU